AUGUCGGAUUUAGACAGCGAAUAUCCAAAAGCUGAAAGUGCUAGUGCAUUUUUACCUGAGGAAGAAGAAGAAUUUGUUAAGUUCUUUAAUGAGCAGAAAUUCAGACCUAGAACGGCUAUUUUAAAAGUCUGGUUUACUAACAUGUUCUUUCAACCCAUACCAGCUAAAGAUAAAAUUACUUUUACGAACAAAGAAGGUAAAAAGGAAACUGGCACUAAAAUCAGGUUCAGAAAUGGUUUCUGUUCAGAAGUUUUAACAUCGGUUGAUAUUCAAGAAAUAGUUAAAGCCAGUGGUAAAAUACUCAGGAUAUUUGAUGGUAUAGUAUACGAAGAAAAUUUUAAAACUCCUCCAUAUAGAGAUUAUAUUUUAAUUUCGAGAGAUCUUAGAAAUAAAUAUAAACGAGAAGGUAAUAUCGUAGGUAGUAAUUGCAUGACAUUAUUAGGUAAUUCCUUGUAUGGUAAAUCUAUUCAGGAGGAUAUAACUACAUCGAGACAUCCAUGGAGUGAAGGAACUUUAAAAACCAACUUCGAUUCACACGUCAAAAGCUUUCCUAAAGUAAAUGAGACUCAAUAUAUCGUUGAGAUAAAUGAAGAAGAAAAAGAAUUUAACUGUACACGUCCUAAAUCUACACGACUAACACCUAGUCAUUUGGGGUCAUUCGUAUUAUCUUACAGUAAAAAAUAA